AUGCAAUACAUUUCGAACCUCUAUCGUCUUUCCACAACUAUUGGCAUAAUUAACUCCCAGGCGUAUCCCUUGGGCAUUCGAAAGUCAUGGAAAGGGUCAAGAAACUACGAAUGGUUGACGUGCUACCAGCGCCAGGAAGGAUCGUCUGGUCUACUUGCCCAAAUCGUCACCGUUGCCAACCCAGCAUCAUCAUGCACGACCUAUACUAAUGGAUAUCACACUGGUAACGGGCGAGCCGACAUACCCGGUCAGAUGCUAUGGAACCCAGACCCCGUACUCUACACCGUCUCGACUAUUCAUGCCUUCUCUCAUAUUUCGGGCAAGCUCCGUCUUCAUGCGCAAAGCCCUUGA